AAAGUAAACGAAUAGCACCUGGGUGACCUAUAGUCCCAAACACCAAAAGAGAAAUGGCAGUUGUCGCUAUUUUCAAAUUAGUAAUCUAGUGUAACUCAAUUUAGGCCUACUUGUAAUCCAAACAACUGAUAAUCAGAUAUUGUGAUCUAGGGCUCAGUUGUUCAUCCAAGGUGAUCGAACGAUCUGGGGAUCAAAAACACAAGACGAACAUGAGCACAACGGUAGAUCUACAGUCUGUGUCUACCCAAAACAAUAACAAGACUAAUGACACAACGGAUCCUGAGGACCAAUCAGCCACCCAACCCAUAAUCCUUCAAUUCCUUCAAGAGGCCUCCAAACUCGCUGCCCCAAGCCACAGAAAUCUAGGUGGCUCAACCUUUGACCCGGUUACCAGCGACCGAAAGGAUGCUCACCCUUCCAAUAAUUGUUUGGACGCAUAUCCUCAACACAGCUGGGCCCAAACGUUUUCCUAUGAUGGGGAAGAGAACAGUGGCAUGUAUAUGAUUACAACUCACAUUGGGCCCGACCUGCAGGGCAGCAACCCCUGGGAGGUGAUGAGCCUGAUCAAUCUGCAGUGUGAGAAGCUUCUACACCACAGAGGGCAAGGAGAAUCAGACUGCACUUCGUCCUCUUUCUCUUCCACUUAUUCAAAUUCCAUAGCUUACCCAUCUCCCUCGGAGUCUGACGCAUCGUUGCGAGGGCAGGGGAUUCUGGAAUGUUCCUCUCAUGCUGAUGUUCAACAUGAGGACCUUCUGUUUUUCACCAGCAGAGGAGGCGAGAGCUCUUGUGACACCCCCCCUAUGGACUGUGACCUGGGUGAAAGUUCCAGCGAGAGCCUCGAUAAAUUUCCACUGCAGUUGUGUACGACAAACGCAAACAUGAGCAUCCUCACUGAAACUCAGCCCUAUGACGGCAGGCCGCUUCCUGUGGAUGAAAACAAUAGCUUGCAUCCCCAGCCUGCCCACAAAGCUUCAAUGGAGGUCAAGUUGAGUGUCGCCACAGGGUCAGAAGGGGAUAUGUCAGGGUCCGAGGAGAGGUCUGCUGAGUUGGGUCCCCGAAGCGGGACCUCUGAGGCUUGGCCACAAACGCAUCUCUCGCUAACAACUGAUGAUGCUUGCGGAUAUAUGGCCGAACAGCCAGCCUAUGAAUCAGACAAGGUGGUUUGUUUAGGACACAAAUAUUUCAAUGCAGUGGAUCUAUUGACCACUGACACCACUGUGGCCCUCGACGUCAAGUCCAACCUUCUUUUAACCUUUGACCCUCUGGAUAAUGCCGGCACAUGCACUUCGAUGCCCAAACCCCCUGUAUGGGCCGUUUUAAGAAAUGAAGAACUGUCCCAGAACAAAAGCCAAACAAUUGGCAAAACCCCGGUGACAGAAUGUAUAAAAUACCAUCUGGAUCAAAAUGCAAAGCAGCCUUCGAUUACCCAGCAGUCGUAUUUUACCUGGACGAGAGACUCUGAAUCUACAGACCCUCAACAGUGUAUAACUUCAUCUAAAGCAGCGGAGGACUUCCAUACCCCUGCAGGCUCCCAAAAGUGUACCAGCAUGGCGUCCGUAUGCAGGGCUAAUACACGCAGGAAACAGCCCCACCCCAACCGGAGCGCCGACGCCACAGACCCCGACUUCCAGGGUGUGAUGUUCCGCAUGCAGGGCGAGCUCGACCACAGUAGGGGGCAGUGUCGACUACUGGUCUUCUCCAAGUACAGGAUUUCCUCAUCACACAGAAGAAAACCAAGGCGGCGGACACGGCCGUCCCAGAGCUCCCUCAGGAGCAGCAGCUCAGAGGAGGACCUGGACCUGUCAACCAGCAGUUCCAAGAGCAAGGAGUGUGCGUCCUGCUGCACCAAGAAGACCCCAAUGUGGAGGGACGCGGAGGACGGGACUCCGCUCUGCAACGCCUGUGGCAUAAGGUAUAAGAAGUACAGAGUGCGAUGCGUCAACUGCUGGCACAUUCCUAGAAAAGAGGGCAACACCCACUCACGCUGCCUCAAGUGUGGAAACUCUGUACUGCAAACCUCAGCUCUGCAUAAACACCAUGCCUGCUAGGGCAUACACUGGGGAGUGGGCAAACAGGUGCCACACACACACACACACACACACACACACACACACACACACACACACACACACACACACACACACACACACACACACACACACACACACACACACACACACACACACACACACACACACACACACACACUAUGUUUAUAUACAAUUAAAAUGCCUGGCUACAAAUAGUGAGAAUGGGAUGAGCGGUACAUCCUGCACACUUAAAGGCUUACUACUGGGAAGGAUUUAAUUGUAGGGAAUUGUAACCAUUUGCCUUUUAGACACACAAUAACAACGAUCCGGUACGAAUGGUUAUGUGUGUAUCGCAUCUAUUCAGAUCAGUUCAUCUUUUUUUCAUGCACAUGGUAUAAAGAGUUUCAUACAACUGUUUACCCCUUUAUGAACAUUUGUUUACAAAACAAGACCUACAUUUAAUGUACAUGCUUGUCUACUGUAUUUUCAAUACAUGAUUGGUCUUAUAUGUGCAAACUAAUUGCUUUCAAUGGUACACACUGUUGUUGUUGCUGUUUUGAAAUAAUAUUUAUUUGUUGUUCUGUUUUUUUAUAUAAGUUUUUAUAUAUUAUUCUUUGGCUAAGAGGUGCACUUUUCUUGCUUAAUUCUAAACUAUUUAAAAAAGUUCUGCAAAAGUGUGCAUUAAAAUCUGUGAUGAAAAAGGCUG